AGCCGGCACCACAUCAUUAUUUUGUUGACCAAAGGGCCCUCAGCUGUACAGCUGUAGCAUGAGAGCUGGAGUCUCUUUUGGUUGCGAUUAUUUUAACUUUUAGUGCAGUUUCCAUUCCGCCUACUUAAAAUGAAAAGUCUGUGGUAUAUUCCUGUCUUUGUGAUAUCGAUCGCACUUUUCAUUGAGGUUGGAGGUGUCGACAGAACUAAUUUUAAAUCAUGCGAUCAAAGCAGCUUUUGCCGACGAUAUCGUGCAAUGAAAAAGGGUGAAUCGCCAUAUCAACUUUUGCUGAACACAGUCAAAGAAGGCGAAUCGGAUCUCCAAAUUUCCUUGAUGAACAUCAAAAAUGCCAUUCACUUUACGCUCAAGCUCACCGCCCUUGAGAACCACAAUUUCAGGCUGCAAAUUGACGAAGCUCAGCCCAUCAAGGAAAGAUACAAAGUAGAUUUUGCGCUCAACGGAGAACCACCUACUAGAAAAUUGGAAGUCACAGAAAGGACUGCCGAGAGCAUCACUGUUGCCAAUGGGCCCAACAAAGCUGUUCUUCACGCUUCACCAUUUAAAAUUGAUCUCUACAGCGGCAAGCGACUCGCCAUCAGUCUCAACGCACAGGGUCUUUUCAAAUUUGAACACUACAGACAAAAGACAAAUAUACCAGCUCCAGCUGAAGGAGAGGAAGCAGUAGAGGCUCCUCAGCCUGUUGACGAUGUUGAAUCGGACAUUGGAGCAUGGGAAGAAAAUUUCAAGUCCCAUCAUGACCAAAAGCCCCAUGGCCCAUCUGCAGUUGGCAUGGACUUUUCUUUCCCAAACGCCGAUUAUGCUUAUGGAAUUCCAGAACAUGCAGAUACAUUAGCUCUAAAAAACACAGGAACCACUGAUCCGUACAGACUAUACAACUUGGACGUUUUUGAGUACGAGUUGAAUAACCCGAUGGCACUUUAUGGAUCAAUUCCCUUCCUCAUUGCCCAUGGUACUGAGGGAACUGCUGGAGUUUUGUGGCUGAAUGCUGCGGAAACAUGGGUUGAUAUCGAAGGCGGAGCUCACAAAGAAGGCAACGUAGUUUCGUCCAUUGUCAACUUCGUCUCUGGUAGUGGCACCCCACAGCCACCUCUGGAAGCCAGAUUUGUUUCUGAGAGUGGAGUUGUUGACGCAUUUUUGUUCUUGGGGCCAAAUCCGCAAGAUGUUUCCAAGCAUUAUGCUGAAAUCACUGGAGUCACCCCACUGCCUCCUCUCUUCUCCUUGGGUUAUCACCAGUGUAGGUGGAACUACAACGACGAAGAUGAUGUCAAAGGUGUCGAUGCUGGAUUUGACACACACGAUAUUCCGUACGAUGUUAUUUGGCUCGAUAUUGAGUACACCGAAGGCAAGAAGUACUUCACCUGGGAUAGAAUCAAGUUCCCUCAUCCUGGUGAUAUGAUGAAAAAUCUCUCACUGAAGGGUCACCACAUGGUGGUCAUUAUUGAUCCGCACAUUAAACGAGAGGGUGGCUACUUUGUUCACGAAGAUGCGACCAGCAAUGGGUACUACGUUAAAAACAAAGAUGGAAAUGAUUACGAAGGUUGGUGUUGGCCUGGAUCGUCUGGCUACCUCGACUUCUUCAACCCUGUUGUGCGGGAUUAUUGGGCAUCAAAAUUCUCGCUCGAUAACUUCCCUGGUACAACUCUGGACACCCACAUUUGGAACGAUAUGAAUGAGCCCUCGGUUUUCAAUGGCCCUGAAAUCACCAUGCCCAAGGACUGUGUCCAUCAUGGAGGUUGGGAGCACAGAGAUGUUCAUAACCUUUACGGCUUAACUCAUGUCAUGAGCACCUACGAUGGGUUGCUGAAGAGAUCUCAAGGAAAGCUGAGGCCAUUCAUCUUAACUCGUUCUUUCUUUGUCGGCUCACAACGAUUUGCUUCUGUCUGGACCGGAGACAACAUGGCUGAAUGGGACCACUUGAAGGCUUCCAUCCCAAUGUGCUUGUCCAUUUCUCUAGCUGGUAUGCCUUUCUGUGGCGCUGACAUUGGUGGCUUUUUUAAAAACCCCGAUUCUGAAUUGUUUUACCGUUGGUACCAGGCUGGUGCUUUUCUGCCAUUCAUGCGAGGCCACGCUCACAUUGACACUAAGCGACGUGAACCUUGGGUUUACGACCAAGAAACAACCCUCUUGGUGCGAUCAGCUGUCAGAAAGCGCUACGAGCUCCUUCCAUACUGGUACACACUCUUCCGCCAACAUGAGACAGGUGGCCUUCCAAUCAUGAGACCCAUUUGGUACAACUAUCCAAAGGAAAAAGCAACAUUUACGAUUGAAGAUGAAUUUAUGCUUGGAAAUGAGCUUUUGAUUCAUCCCGUCACCCAAUCAGGAGCAACAGACGUGUCUGUCUAUUUCCCUGGAGAGAAGGAUUUGUGGUAUGACCUGGAUGCCCUUGAAUUGUUCUCUGGUCAUGGUACAAAAACUGUCCAAGUACCUAAAGAAAAGAUCCCAGUCUAUCAACGUGGAGGAACUAUCAUUCCAAAGAAAAUGCGUGUUCGUAGAUCGUCAGCUUUGACCAAGGAUGAUCCCUACACACUCCAAGUGGCUCUCAAUGCUGAUGGUCUUGCUACUGGAUCUCUAUACAUUGAUGACGGCGAGAGCUUUGAUUAUCAGAAUGGACAGUUUACAAGCCUCAAUUAUUUCUACGAUGGAACCACAAUGGUUUCAAAGCUGGGGGAUAAAAAUGGAAACUUCGUCACCAAAUCAUGGCUGGAACGUAUCAUCGUAAUGGGCAUCAAGAAAGCACCCAGCAGGAUAGUCUUGAAAUCGCCAAGCUUGGGAGAGCAAGAAUUGGAAUCAACAUUCAGCCCCAACAAACACCUGCUUGUCAUCAGGAAACCAGCAGUACCUAUUACAGAGGAGUGGAAGAUCUUCUUCCAUUAGUGAAGUGAACAGAGAGGUGAUGUGACUGAAAUAUGCAGAGAGUUGUGUUUGUUUCUAUAUGAAGUAUGAUUGAGCAGUGAAGAUAUGUUUUGUUACUCCAUGAUUUUGAUGGCAUUUCAAGAUUGUAAGAAUGCAAUUAACUGGAUUUGGUAUUUGAUUAA